ACACACACACACACACACACACACACAUGCACGUCAAUACGCCUACACAGCAGUCUGCUGUGUACUGCUUCACAUCAGCACUGGAGCAGCAGCUGAUUAGCCCGACUGAAGCGUUGAGAUCAUUUGGAAUAUCUUCUCUUGAUCAGCAUGUGUCUGUGUGUCUGCUGUAGGUGAGUUGAUAUAGGAGAGCUUCUGUGUGUACGUGUGCAUGACACGUUCAUUUUUUCUUUUUCUUUUUUUUGCUUGGGAUUCCUCCUGCCCCAUAAGGCUUUGCUGCAAGUGGAUGUGCUGAUGUAGGAAGAAUGGAUGCACCACUGCUCACACACGUAUACACACUCUUAGAGCUCAGCCGUGAGACCAAAUGAAGAAAUCAAUAUCCACGCUUUUGACGAUUAAAGAUACAACAAUGUGACUGAAGGGACUGUUUCAGCUGUAGCUGCUGUAACACCAUCCAACAAUGCUGAGCCCUGUUCUCCAUUCUGAGCUCUCGGCCUUGGAGCCGGAGUACACAGACGCUGAUGUCAUCUCUACGGUGGAGUUCAGCCAAUCAGGGGAAUUCCUGGCCACAGGGGAUAAGGGUGGGAGAGUGGUCAUCUUUCAAAGAGAACCUCAGGGGGAAUAUAAUGUGUACAGCACAUUUCAGAGCCAUGAGCCUGAGUUCGACUGCCUGAAAAGCUUAGAGAUAGAAGAGAAAAUCAAUAAGAUCCGUUGGUUACCUCAAAUCAAUUCCACCCACUUCCUCUUGACCACUAAUGAUAAGACCAUUAAGCUAUGGAAGGUUAGUGAGAGAGACAGGAGGCCUGAAGGUUACAACCUGAAAGAUGAGGAGGGCCGGAUGAAGGACAUUUCCAGAAUCACAUCUCUUCAGGUUCCUGUGUUACGGCCGAUGGAUUUGCUGGUGGAAGCGUCUCCAAGGCGUGUGUUUGCGAACGCUCAUGCCUAUCACAUCAACUCAAUCAGCAUUAACAGUGACUGUGAGACUUAUCUGUCAGCUGAUGACUUGAGGAUCAACCUGUGGAAUCUUAAUAUCACAGAUCGCAGCUUCAACAUUGUGGACCUGAAGCCGGAAAACAUGGAAGACCUGAGCGAGGUGAUCACCGUGGCUGAGUUUCACCCUCAUCACUGCCACUUGCUGGCCUUCAGUAGUAGUGCAGGUGCAACACGCUUGUGUGAUAUGAGAUCUCGAGCAUUGUGUGACAGACCUGCUAAACUAUUUGAGGAGUCAGUGGAUCCAUCUCAUCGAUCCUUCUUCUCUGAAAUCACUUCCUCUGUGUCGGAUGUUAAGUUCAGUCACAGUGGACGUUACCUGCUCACCCGAGACUACCUCACUGCUAAAGUUUGGGACCUCAACAUGGAGAACAAACCAGUGGAGAUAUAUCAGGUCCAGGAUUAUUUGCGUUCUAAACUAUGUGCCCUUUAUGAGAGUGACUGCAUCUUUGAUAAGUUUGAAUGCGCCUGGAAUGGAGCUGACAGUGUCAUCAUGACAGGGGCGUAUAACAAUUUCUUCCGGAUGUUUGACCGUGCCAGUCGUCGCGAUGUGACUUUGGAGGCGAGCCGGGAGGUUUGUAAGCGCCGCGCUGUGCUCCGGCCUCGCCGUGUGUGCUUGGGGAAAAAAAGGAGGGAGAACGAUAUCAGUGUGGACAGCCUGGACUUCAGAAAGAAGAUCCUGCACACAGCGUGGCAUCCUACGGAUAACAUUAUUGCCAUCGCGGCCAGCAACAACCUGUUCAUCUUUCAGGACAGACAUGGCACAGGACACCAUGGAGGCCAUCAUUUAGAACAAGACAAGCCUCUGCAAUUACAGGAUACAACUCGUUAGUGAAAUAACCCGUUUGCCCAGAAGGCAAGACAUGACAAUCUGUAAUAUUUAGAGCACGUUUUCACUAUAAACACAAAAGCCUAAUUACAGUAAUAACUUAAUGCUGGAUAUUUUAACCACCAUUAUGACUGGGACUGUAUUUCAGCAAUCCUGCAUGAAAUGUAACACUCGAAGACUGACAUGAACCAGGAGAUAUUGUAUAUUUGCCUGUCAGCGUCGAAAUAACUACUGCAUGUUUACACUAUUAUUCUUAAUUAACGGGCUUCGUUAAAUUAUAAUGGCAAUGAUGAAGGCAAACAAAUUGGACCCUUUAUUUUAUUGAUUUUAUGAACUGUAUCCGCCGCCUGGUGGCUCAUCUCAGGUUUCAUGUUUUUUGACUGGAGACAGGAGACAGUCAAAUUCGAAGAUGUCCUCUUCCUCGUUUCGGAUAUCAAAACUGAAGCAGUACAAUCAUGUGAAUGUCUGACUAAGGAGUAAUGUUUCUAAGCAGCAUCAUGAAAACUGGAUUUGUUUUGAUUUGUUUUUCUUAAGCAUGCCAAAAUUAUUAUUGUGCUGCUAAUUUGAUGCCACAUGAAAGACCGUCCAAAAAGAUGAAAAAAAAGGGGGUAGGGGAGAGCAGGGUGAGCUUAACUGCUGUUUUACCUCAACCCCGUCUCCCUUAUCAGUCAUUAAAUGUUACUGUGGAAUCCGACGUUGGCUAAUAAUGCGAAUAAAGAAAUGGUAAAGCUGAUUUUACACCAGACGCAGUAAGCUACGAUAGGCUACAUUACGCAUUGCACAAGUAAUGCAUGUUUAUAAUAACCUGGGACCGAUAUUCACACAUAUGUACUAAAGCAGGGCAAAAGACACUUAACGCUCCUGUCCAUGUGAUUUGCAAACAAUCCACGCUUGAUUUUAAAGUGCUGUGGUGCUGCAUCGCUUCUGGUGUAAAAUGGGCUUCAUUUAAUGCACAUCAGAUCCUCUGAUCACACAUCUCAUGCUUAUGGAGUUAAUUUCAGUGUUAUCACCCUGAAAGCCGUGUCAUUAAAUUUGGACUUUUAUUUCAUUUAAAAUAAUUCAUACAAAUGCAUACAGUCACAAACAUUUCUGGUUUUUUUUUCCUUUUUUUUUUAAUUCUGUUUAACAAAAAAAUAAUGAUAUCUCAUAGUAUAUAUAGUAUGUAUAUUGCUAGCCUACCACUUUAAUCAGGAAGGAAACUAUGUAGGCAAUGGAGCGCUGCAA